CUCUACCCCAAUCCCGCUAUCGAUCAAUGCUUCAGGACUUGCCAAUAGCGAUUUUCAUCCCACAGUGCUAUUCGCAGGCAUAGCAGACGUUUGUUUUGUUGUUCUGUUGCUGGGCCUAGGAGCCUAGGACAACAAAUUCUGAUGUAAGCGUAAAAUCCUGUCCACUCGCACGAAUACACGUCAGAGAAGUCGCUGCGGUGGUCGAGGCAGGACGGCAGGACGCGCGUUCGCGUUUCUGGGUGAAUAUUGCAAGCAGUCAUGAGGAACAACCGGAGAGGCAGAGGCUUGGGGCUGGGUGUGAUCAUGUUGCUCAGUGAAAUCAUGAGCACCGGCUACACUGUUAUUCCCCCGGUCACUCUCGGGACCAUCAUUGGACAGUCUCUUCUGUACAUGGGCAUCAUUGAUGUGCCAUGGGACCAAUGGGGAGCUUGCCUCAGUGCACACAAUAUUUGGAAGGGUCGUGAAUGGCACAGACUUUUCCUGUCGGCUGUGGAACAUGCAGAUGACCGCCACCUCUUCUACAACAUGGUCUCUUUCUUGGCAAAAGCGAAAACCUUGGAACCUUGGUAUGGAAGUGCCAAUUUCGCUCUGCUGCUUGUAUUUUUGACUGCUUUCACCAAUGUAUGUUACGUGAUUACGGCAAUGGUCGUUGCCGAAUUGUUUUCCAACAAUGCCCAUCUCCACACUUGCGUCAUCGGUUUCUCUGGUGUUCUUUUUGCUUUGAAAGUGAUUGCAACAAUGGAGACAAAUCCCAAUGCUCAAACAAAAAUUGCUGGUAUUCCAAUGCCUUCCAAGUAUGCUCCCUGGGCGGAGUUAAUACUCAUCCACGUCAUGGUCCCAAAUACUUCCUUUAUGGGACACCUAGCUGGGAUCAUAGCGGGUCUUGCUUACACCAGCACCCCAGUUGGAGUCGUAGUUGAUUCAAUCAUCAAAAGCAUCACAGGUUGUGCAAUGUGGCAUCGGUGGAAUCUAAGAUAUUACCGCUAGUGAUACCUUUUAUUUUGUACUUAAAGCACUCAAGUCGUCAAGUUUUAUCUCUAAGCUGCCAAUGUACCUUAACUCUUACUUUAAUUUAAAAUACCUGACAAAGAAUUUAGAACCCUUAAGUACCUUAUGUUUUGCUGUGAUGUAUGUCUGAUAUUAUUGAUUCUAGUCUAAGUUACUAAAAACUUUAGAAUCUUUUAUUGUGAUUUAAUUAUAGUUUGAACAAGGGUUCUUUCUCAUAUCUCAUAUUUUUAAUUUGUAAUUAACAACAGUUCCUUAAGUUUUCUCAGUAAUUAUAUGACUUAAUACAAGUUUUCAUAUACUUUGACUAAA